GAUGCCUGGGCGCCUGCGCAGUGCUCAGGGCCGAGCUCGCGCCCAGGGGCUGCGGGAGAUCCCGCGGAGUGAGGCGGAGAGUGGCUCCGGCUGCUCGACCUCCAGCAGUACCAUGGCGGACGAGGAGCUGGAGGCGCUGAGGAAGCAGAGGCUGGCGGAGCUGCAGGCGAAGCACGGGGAUCCUGGUGAUGCCGCACAACAGGAAGCAAAGCACAGGGAAGCAGAAAUGCGAAACAGUAUCUUAGCCCAAGUUCUGGACCAGUCAGCCCGGGCCAGGUUAAGUAACUUAGCACUUGUAAAGCCUGAAAAAACGAAAGCAGUAGAGAAUUACCUUAUACAGAUGGCGAGGUACGGACAGCUAAGUGGGAAGGUAUCAGAACAAGGUUUAAUAGAAAUCCUUGAAAAAGUAAGCCAACAGACAGAGAAGAAAACAACAGUUAAAUUCAACAGAAGAAAAGUAAUGGACUCUGAUGAAGAUGAUGACUAUUGAACUAAAAAUGUUUAGAGACUGGAACUUAAUGGAACUUCUAGGGCAGAAGUUAAGAUUUCAUUACAUGUUUACUUUGUUUAUUGUCUAUAUGCCUUUUGGAAAAAAAUAAACUUGUUAUGCAAAAUAAGA